AUGGCUCUGGCCCGGGCUGGGACCGCGGUGACCCCCCCGGCUUUUGUACCGGCGCCUGAGCUGUCCCCCAGGGUCCGAGGGAAGAUGCCGCCUCCGUCUCUCUCCCAGGUCCCUCGCUGCUUCAGCGAAGCCGCGUUUUGGAAAUGUCCUGGAGAAUGUUCUUCUACGUCUUAUACUAGAACUUCAGGCCAUAAAACAGCUCGAUGCCGGGCCAGCCACCCCAGAGCCCCCUCCGGGGCUCGUCAGCCGCUGUGGGCAGGUCCUUCUCAGGAGCCCCGCAGCUCCCGGGUCCCACUCAUCCCCCUGCUGGGACGGGCUCCAGUUUCUGGGGAGCGGCGUCCCACUUCUCUCACAUUCUCAGCUGCUCUGAAGGCACCUCCCGACAGCCUGGAAAAGCACCGUGGGAAGAGCCUCUCUGAGAAGACGUCCAGCUUCUGUCGGCCCGGGCGGUCAGUGGGAGGGCCCGGGGGCUCAGGGACGGGGGAGUGGCCGAGGAGAAGCCCCCCUGAGCACAGCGGCCAUCUUAGAAGGCGGAGGAGCGUAUGGAUAGUGAGAAGGGUCCGGUUAAAUAGGUCGGGGAAUGUAAUCAAUGAUGCAGGGAGAGGGGGCAGCCCCGAGACCAGGAGGAAGCCCCAGGGAUGGGAGAGAGGGAGGGAGGGAGGGACCGCUGCCCCGUCAGUCCGAGAAAACCGUGAGGGCGACAAAAAGCCAGAGCAGGCUGGGCGAGGAGGGCGGGCGGCAGCAGGCCGUUCUGGGGGCACUUGGCCGGGAGAAGGCCGCAGGGCCAGAGCGAGUCUGGGGAUCGGUCCUCAGGCAGGAUCCCCAUUCUCGGCCUUUUCCCUGAGGGAGGCCUCUGCGCCGAGGUUCGGGCCAGGUCAGAGGAGCCGGACCCUCCGACAUCCAGUUGGCUCCUCAGUGUCCCAAGGCAGGGCACGAGUCAGGGGGCGCGAAUUCAAAUCCUUCCACCGGGUCGGUGUCCCCAGGCCUCUGGGGGUCUCCUCCAGUUAAUUCCACGGCCUUUUUCUUUGUGUCCCCCUAAUGUUUAAAUGAUUGGUUUCUGAGAAAAGUGAUUAAUGAUUGAAUGUGGGACUUCAUAGGAAUCGCUGAGGAGCCUGGUGUGUGUGUCUGUGUGUGUCUG